AUGGGGUUUAACACAACAGCAUGGUUGUACAACUCGACCAUCACAAAGUUAUACAGAAAAUUCACUCAUGCUCACUAUGAAAUUGUUCCUUAUUUGUACACAAGUGGAAUUGAUGCCUAUCAAAAUCGGGAUAGUUUGAUUACACCACUCUCAUCUUGGACUAUGUUUGAUCCAACAUUCUGGACCUUCAAGCUUGGUAAAGACAUGAUUGUGACACCUGUCUUUGAUUAUUCCAAUUGUACCAAUGUUUUAUUCCCUGAAGGCACUUGGGUGGACUAUUUUGAUCAUAGCGUCACUUUUGCAGGUGUUUACAAUGAAACAUUUGACUACUCGAUGACUUAUGAAGAGUUUCCUGCUUUUUAUAGAGCUGGCAGUAUUUUACCUUUGAAUAUCACCAGUGAUUACGUCAAUGUAUUUGGAAAUUCCAAGUCACAUUCAGGUUAUUUGACUCUUGCGAUUCAUUAUCCAAUCAUGAAUGAAGAACAGAGUCAAAUGAUCUUCUCUCAUGGUAUUGAAGUGAGAUAUUUCAGAAAUUCAAGAGACAACACCAUGUCCAUCACGGUCUCAGCACCUAAUGGAUUUAGAGCUGAUUCAGAAAAAUUCAAAUAUUUAUUGGACAUUCGAGGAUUGUUAGCUUCACAACCUGAAGGAUUUACCGUUUAUCAAAUGUUUGAUUUGGGUGGUGAAGAAAAACUUAUUCCACUUCCUAAAUUUGAAAAUAGAGAAGAAUUUAAUGGAGCAUCAUUAGCAAAAUUUGGUUCAUUCCACCAUGAAAAUGCUGUGAGCUAUUACACUCACACAAAAGCAGAUGGAAGAAUGUUAAGACUCAAACAACAACAUUUGUGGAUUAAGGUCUAUGAUGUUUUGAAGGGUGUGAAAAUUUUGAUCAAAUAG